AGUUUUUCUUUUUCUUUAUAAACAAAUCUUAAGCAUUUUCUUAAGGGAAAAACAAAAAAGGAAGAAGAUUUUAAAUGAUGGCCAACAGAAUCAUUCAAUUAUACAUAUGUGCAAGCUAUCCUAGACUUUAUGCUGCAAAGGAUGAGUGUAGUAUUGCGACAAGGUUUAUGAGCGUAUCAAGAAGAUCCCAGGCUAAAGGAGAUUAAUAUGAAAGUGCAACGAAUCGAAAAAUCAACAACGUGCUUAGUCUUAACACUAAUCAAGCAAUUUGAUGAUCAAAAUACACUCCGUCAGAUGCUCUACAUCGCUGACAAUGUACCUAAUUUCCAUAUGUUGUUCAAGAUGCGCCCCUCUGAUCUGAUUUAUAAAAUCUAGUAGCCACAUUCAAAGAAUGUCAAACCUGCUGAAAAUGCAGACGGUAUUCUUGAAGACCAUGAGGAAAAUCCACAUGUUUUCUUUAAACGUUUACCCAAGGUUAUUGGCGACAUUUGGAAACGUAUAACGUCAGUGUGGGCGUGUAUACUGAAACAGUAUUUGAAAGAUAUGUACGCCCUACAGGCUAAGAAGACGUGCCCAAUUUCAAUUGCAGAAAUUAAGGAAUUGGUCAUAAAAUCAAGUGAUGUCUGUUUAAAUCCAGAAGAUGAGAAAGAUUUAUUUAUAUUUUUUCAGUUUAAACAACUUAUAAAUAAGUUUGAUCCAGAUGAUGCAUAUCUGCUCUUGAUAAAGAAAAAAAAUAAACAUGAUCAAGCUGGUGAGAGUAGUAUAGGAGCAAGAGCGGGCAGUGCGACAACGCCACAUGUAAAUAGUGUUAAUCAUACGAUGGUUUCAAGACCAUCCCAAAGCAAGAGAAUCGUUGGAUAGUAGCAGUGGAAAAAUUGCACCCAGCAUAGGCUUUGGAACGCCAACAUUACAGAACAAAUGAAUCAGAAACAACUAUUGGAAAAUUGACCCAAUGAAUAAUAAUAAUAAUAAUUAGUUUUUAACAAGUCUUGUUAUUUAAUUAAAGAAUUUCGCGGAAAAUUGAUGAACAAAAAACAAUUUUGAAGAACAUAGGUACCUUUUGUUUUGAUCUGGAUUUGUUUUUAUGUCAAAACUGUUCUUACUUUGGUUCGAUAUAUAAAUAUAUUGAUCAAUAUAUAAAUGUUCAAUAAAUCAAUAGUACCUAUAAUAGUAUCUGGUUAGUAAUGAAAAUGACUUUUUUUAAGUUUUGAGAAUCACUUUGAAAAUUAACACCACACAAACUAACAAGUUAUUCUUUAGAAAUCUCGAAUAAACAUUAUUAUUUAAU